UCAUCUACCUACAAGCACAAACACGGAACUAACGUGGAUUUUGGUGCUGCUCGAAUUAGCUACAAUAUAUGUAGUUAGUUAUAGUUUAUCUAAGUAAUGGAAAAGAUUCGUGCACGCUUAAAUAUCGGAAGUAAAGCAGAGCCUGUUAAACUGAGGAAACGAAAAUCCCAACUAUAUAGUAAAGAAGAAACAUGUCCUCUUGAUAAUGGUGUAUUGGGGGUCCAUUUCACUGUCUUCACUGUGGUAUUUCGUCUCAUCAACUGCUUCCUGGUCCAGACCAGCUUUGUCCCAGAUGAAUACUGGCAGUCCCUUGAAGUCGCUCAUCUUAUGGUUUUUGACUAUGGCUAUUUGACGUGGGAGUGGACAGCAGGUAUAAGAGGGUUCUCCUACCCUCUCUUCUUUGCAGCUAUAUAUAAGAUAUUGCACUUCUUCACCUGUGACGCAGUUCAACUCUUGGUAUGGCUACCUCGAGUUGUGCAGGCACUGCUUUCUGCAUUGGCUGAUAUUAAACUCUACUGUCUUAUCCAAUCACUGGAGCAUUCUGACGUUGCCAAAUGGACGUACCUCUGCCAGCUCUGUUCUUGGUUCACAUGGUACUGCUGCACCAGGACCCUGACCAACACCAUGGAGACCACACUCACAACUCUGGCUCUCUAUUACUAUCCUCUGCCUGGCUCUAAAACACACAGCAGUACAAAAUAUUUGAUCCUGGUUGCUUUGGCAGUCAUUGUUCGUCCGACAGCCUUGAUUGUGUGGCUUCCUCUGUUGGUUUACCACUUCUGGCAGGAAGAUAACAAGCUGAAACUCAUAACUCACCUUUGCCUUCCCAUUGGGGCUUUAACUCUUGGGAUUUCAACACUGAUUGACUGCAUUUUCUAUGGAAAGUGGACCCUGGUGCAGUACAACUUCCUUAAGUUUAAUGUUUUUCACAACGUGGCUGAGUUCUAUGGCUCUCAUCCAUGGCACUGGUACUUUACUCAGGGCUUUGUGGUUGUCAUUGGCCCUCAUCUUCCUUUCUUCCUGUAUGGAUGCACACUGGCUUCAAAAAGAUACAGAAUAUUGUUAAUAACAAUAGUCUGGACAGUAAUGGUUUACAGUUGUCUGGCGCACAAGGAGUUCAGAUUCAUCUACCCUGUUUUGCCUUUCUGCAUGGUAUUUUGUGGGAUAGCUUUGGUGAAUCUGAGAACCUGGAGACGGCCUGCCGCAUGCGCCUUAUUGGUCUCCAACCUAGUCCCAGCCCUGUACACAGGUCUGCUUCACCAGCGAGGCACACUGGAUGUCAUAGGUCACCUCCAGACCCUGUGUGACGACAGCGAUCCUUCAACACCUCCACUGCCUGAAGUCCUCUUUCUAAUGCCCUGUCACUCUACACCUUUCUACAGUCACAUCCACUGUCCAAUGAAGAUGCGUUUCCUAGAAUGUCCACCAGAUCUCACAGGAGACGAGAGCUAUGUCGAUGAAGCUGAGAGAUUCUUCGCUGAUCCUCAUCAUUGGUUGAGGACCUCAUUUCCUUAUAAGUCAAUGCUGCCAACCCACCUGGUGUUCUUUGAUGUUCUGGAGAUGGAGCUCUCCACAUUCUUGGACGGGAAUAGAUUUAUGAGAAGUACAGAAAUAUUCCACACUCACGUUCCUGAAGGACGAGUUGGAAAAAGCAUCCUAGUUUAUCAAAGGCACUGAACGCAAAACACUGAAGAGAAUGAGAAUACAUUUGUAAGAAGCACAAAGAUUUUCCCAUACUCAUGUAUCUCAAGGACGAGUUUGAAGAAGCAUCCUAGUUUACAAAAUGCACUGAACAGAACCAUCUUGACCAUUGGCACGAGCCAUUGGGAAGUUAAUCAAAAUGGAUCUGUAUUGUAAAGGAAUAAAUUAUAAUUAAAACUGAA